AUGGCGCCAUACGAAAUGUUGUACGGUAGAAAGUGUAGAACUCCUGUAUGCUGGGGAGAAAUCGGGCAACGGGAACUCGCGCCUAAAGAUGUUGUGGCAAUAACGAAUGAAAAGAUUGAUCAAGUCCGGGAUCGUUUGAAGGCGGCGCAAGACAGGCAAAAAUCCUAUGCCGAUAAAAGAAAGCGCCCUAUCGAAUUUCAAGAAGGGGAUCGAGUAUUUUUAAAAGUCUCGCCAUGGAAGGGUAUAAUACGGUUCCGCAAGCGGGGAAAAUUGGGUCCUCGGUACAUCGGACCGUUCAGAGUAGUGGCCCGAAUUGGUAAAGUGGCAUACCGGCUAGAAUUACCCCCGGCAUUAAAUGGGAUCCAUAACACGUUUCACGUGUCUCAACUAAGAAGAUGCCUCGCGGACGAUACAGCGCAUGUGUCACUUGAUGACAUUGAAUUGGAUGAUAAAAUGAAUUAUGUUGAAAAGCCGGUGGCUAUCAAAGAUUCCAAAAUGACGCACCUACGAAACAAGGCCAUACGGCAAGUUUUAGUGCAAUGGCAGCAUCGGAAAGGAUCGGAUCUAACCUGGGAAUCCGAAGAUGAAAUGCGAAAGCACUACCCGUCUCUUUUUGGUACGUGUUAA